GCCCCUGAUGGCACCCUGACCUGGCAGUCGAUGGAGCAGCUGCGGUGAGGGUGGGACCUGAGAGAGAGAUGACAACUGCUUGGUGACACUUGCACGUGAGGCAUUACAGGGACAGGCCCUGGAAAAAUCUCAAACAAGAUUUCAGAGCUAAAAGGACAGUGGGAAUGCAAGUGUCCCUCCAGGGGGUGCCAGGAGGGAGGCGACUGGAGCGUGCCUACAAGCUCUGAAUUCUAGAGCCAAGAGGAUCAUCUGCACCUCCUCUUCAGCUGAGGACUUUGCCUUAAGCACCAUGGUCCACCAGGAUGCGUUUCUCCUGCUUGCCUCUCUCCCUGCAGCCCAGGGCUGCAGCUCACAUACCUGCCCGGGGUGGCCCAUGGACGACGACAACAAUCCCUUUCUGCUGCCGUGCCUCACGCCUCUCGGAAGACGGGUCAAUGCCCAGGUGACGCAUGACAGCUCGAGAGAUAGGAUUCCCAGUCGCUUUCACCAUGGGCUCAGGAUACAAUGGGACGCCCUGUGAUGUGCUGCAGUGCAAAACCAGGGGGGAAAGUCAGCCUCCUGCCUACCUUUGAUCCUCAUCAUCCUCCCCAUCUCCUCAGAUCUCCGGAAAGGAGACUUGGUGAAAGCAAUAUGAACUUGUUCUUUUGUGGCUAGGAAGGUGCAAAUGUAAAAGUGGCAGUGAUAUUAGACCUGGUCCUGCUGGCUGAAGAACCCAUCCAAUCCUAGUCUUUGUGGCUAAGGGACACAAGGGAAUAUCCUGAUUAUUUCCCCAGUCUACGGCAGGCAGAUAGGAGCUUGCUUUGGCUCAGGGUUGGUAGAAGAUGCCAUAGCCCUUCACCCGAGUUCCUCCACCAAGCUGGGGAACAGGCAGCUGCUAAAAGCAUGGGCUUUCCCUGGAGAACAAGGUGACUCAGUUCAGAGUGUAGGGGCUGGACUCCCUGCUGUGAUCACAGUCAAGACAGACACCACCAAACCCUCACUCUUUUUCUGACCUGGUGCUGCCUUGCCCAUAGCCUCGGCCUCAGCCUCAGCCUCAGCUGUGGCCUCAGCCUCUGCCAUGGCCUUGAGCUCUGCCCGUUGAGCCUUCGGCCUCUUCUGUGCUUCAUAGUCCUCCAGCAGCUCUGGGGGCAGCGUCCCACCCACAGCACGUGGAGGCAUGACAAAGUUCUUCUGGUACUCAGACCCCACUGCCAUCCGCAGGAUCUGUGUGCACGUGGAAGAGAAACCAUAGGCAAGAUUGCUUUUCUCAUCUUUCAUCACACACACUCAACAAACCCAUUUUCUGUCUCCUCCCUUCCUCCCAACAACACCAACUAUUCAAGUCCUCCCAUAGCACGUCAGCAGAGUUGGCUUUGCCCUGGGGAGUGCCUCCAUCUCCCUGGCACAAGCCUGGGAAUGCUGGAGUGCUGUGAAGCUUGGGCAGCACGUACAGGGGGACCAGACGUGCCUUCUCACCUUCUCCUCCUCAGGGUACUGCUCAUCAAAAUCCAGGAAGUAAAACUCAAUGGGGAAGCUGCAUGGGUUCUUCACCACCACUGUGGCCUCCACCCCAUCGCUGUCCACCAGCACCCAUCCCAUCUCUAGGGCUGGGGGGCUGAACUCCAGCCGUGGCUCCAGACCUUGUCCUGAGAGGUGCAGCUUUAAGGGAUUGCAGCUCCCACUAAUUUUAAGCGUCAGCUCAUUCUCGUAAGACCUCUGAAAAGAGAAAAGUGCAGAAAACUCGUCCAUGAAGUCCCAGGUGACAGGACACAAAAUACAACGCUUGUCCCAAGUGUUAUCAGUCCCUUCAAGGUGAGUGGAAACCAGGUAUCUACUUAUGCUAGGGACUACAGCAUCUGUGUCCUGGGUCAGAAUAACUGGGAUGAAUCCUGGUGUGCCCUGUAACUGGGUAUUUGGGUAUCAGAUGGAUGUACGGUCAGACGUUUUCACCUAGUGGUGCAGGAGUGCUCAUGAGAAGGGCCCUCAGGGUUACCGUGUCCGCACACAGUCCUGGCACUGCUGCAUCAGGCAAACACCAGCUCCAGGAGAGAGGCAAAUGAGCUCUCCCUGCCUAGAAAUAAGGGUCAUCUUCUCUGCAGAGUGUUUGGCUCUGGUCAAAGCCAGACACCAGAUGGUUAUGUCUCUCAAGCAAUUAAAAGAUCCCCGGCACUGUUUGCGGGCACAGAAGCAUUUGUGUCCGUACUGGUACACACUGACCAUUUCCAAGACCCAGCGGCCACAGGCAAACUACUUUUGGGAAUGCUCCAUCCUUUUAGUCCCCAGCUGCAUGGGAAUGUGCAGGCAGGCCAGAGCCCCAGGGACUGCUGGCAGCACAGCACACUACAGGUGACUGUCCUGCCGUGCCCAGGAAGGCGUCUGGCGGCUGUUUUGUCUGUUCUGCAGCAGGAUGAGCCUAGACUGGCCAUUCCAGGAUGAUCCUCUGCCAGCGUGCAGCUGCUCUGCACCAAGUGUGGCAGCUGCAAAUACAGCCAGGCAAAGGGGGAGGCUGAGGGGAUUUGGGCACAUCCCUCCCAUGGGCCGAGAGGCAGCCACAGAGCCCUGAUGCUCUCUGUGCAAGCUCCCUGUGGGCACUUCAAAGCGCAUCUCAUGGGAGUGCUCUGUGGGGUGAACUGAGCCAUGCUGAGGACAGGGGCUUGCAGAAAGCUCCCUGUCAAGGCAGAGCUCAGACCACACUCUCUGCAGCAGGCCCUCAUUUCCAGAUAGCCCUGACAGGCCUCCUGGGCUGACACCUGCCAAUCUCACCUCCUCCUUGGGUGUAAACUGGAUCUGCAAGUCCUGCCAGCUUCCUGCAUCAAGGGUUCCUUCGGAGGGCGUCACUUUGAAGGGACAGGGCUCAUGCUCCACUGCCAGCUGCUUCUGACGUCCAUCCGGUGUCAUGUAUUUGUGUUGAUUCUUCUGGGCACAGAAACCAAUCGUGUGAGGUCUCUUUGGUCUGGGAGGACAGAGCCUCAGUUCCUGUAGUGCUCUGAGACACUGCUACGGUGCUGAGAGCACCCACAGCCAAACCAAGCCUGCCCCCCAUAGCCUAGAGCUGGGGGGAAAACCUGCAGACAGGGCAGGUGGAUAGGGAACUACUGUCCUCAGAGGAAGGGGAAUGGGUGAAGAUGGCAGAAGAGCAAAGCAUCAGCUAACACAACAGGUCCGGGCAAACCAGCCUUCAUCUAGACCCUCAGAAGCUUCCUCAAACACGCUGUAGACCCAAGUGCUCAGGCAGCCACAGGAACAAAAAGGGCAAGAGACACAAAGAAAGCCCAGCCAAGAAGUUAACGUGUUCAAUGUUGCCCGUGCUUCACCUUCAUAACAGGCUUGAUGGCAGUAAUGGACCAUUUGCAGGGCACUUGGAACCAGUUGUAGAGCCGGACUGUCUCAAGCUGGCACUGCCCAAUGAGGAUAUCAGAGAACUCCAGAGUGCUCUUCGAGACAUUGAGCGACAGCUCCAACACAGUGGCAUGGAGGCGGAUGUUAUACGUGAGGCCUUCUGCUACCUGGAGAAGGACAGAGAGUUCAGCGGAGGCUGCAGGUGACAUCUGCUGCUGUGCCCAGCCUGCUGCCUGCCCCAAAAAGCUGUGGUACCUUGAUGGGCAGCAGCACAUCCACGUCACCCUGUGGCCAGCGGGCACUUUCAAAGCUCACGUCAAAGUUCAUGGUGUACCUCGGGGGCAGGCCCUUCACCUGGUCCACGUGCACACUGAAACCUUGAACAGGUGAAAACAAAGCAGCUGAGACACACAAGAAACACGAAAUGUGUCAUAAGCACAUUAAGGCCUUACAGGUGUCCUGACUGAGAGGUCUGGGAAAGUCCCCCUGCCUUGCUGUGACCUGGACAAAAUCUUAAAGAGUGAACACCCCUCAGACACAGUGAGCCACUGUGUGAUGGAAGCGCAGCCUCGCCUCAAGGCCUCUUCUGGAAGCCUCUUCUGAUCCACCCGAGGAUCUCACAGGCUGUUUCCUCAAUAAAGGCUGAAUACAAGGGCUGUGUCAGUGUGAACUCCAAAGCAAGCACUUCCAAAGCACAGCAGACCCCACUGGUUCACAAAACAAGCCCAUGGAGUGCCCAAAGAAACUUGGUGCUCGUGGGAGCCAAGGGCAGAAGAUGCUGAGAGGUGACCGGGGUGAUGAGCCCAUCUGGCCCCUGCACUGAAGCGUUAGGGCAGUCACAGGCAGGCCAGGUCCCUGGGCAUGGCUGGCCAGGAGAAUUCUGCCUCUAAAGCUCCCAGCUGGGGCACUGAGAAGAAGACACAGCUCAAAAACCUCCCCAAGUUCAGUGGCUUAAGCUAAUCUGUCAGAGACACCUCCUUCAAGCCCAUAGGAUAUGUCUCCAGCACUGCCUACCCGUGUCCUGCAGGACAGACACACCCAUCUGGAAUGAUCUGCAUAGUGUUUGUUUCUUGUUGCCUCAGGUUUCAGAUACAGAAAACAUCCUGGGGAUAGUUCAGGCUGAAAAUAUCGAAGUCUCUGCAGAGGUCUAUGAUGUUUUUCUGAGCAUUGACAUGCCUGAAGGUCCAGAUGGAAGCUUGGAAUUUGGAACCCCUAAUGUCCUGGAUAAGGUGAAGCGAGCCCUGCAUCUAAAGAAAAAAGGGGUAAACAACACUAACUACAGUGUCCCCUCCAUCCACCUGAGCGGCUGCAAGUACGAGAGUGUGCGGCGGGCGGCACGGCGCUGCGGGCUGAAGGAAGUGGAAGACCACGACGAGUGGACGGUGCUCUGGACAAACAGCACGGUCACUUUGGACUCCUUCAGGAAGAUGAAGCCCUUCCAGAAAAUCAACCACUUCCCAGGCAUGAUGGAGCUGGGCCGCAAGGACCUGCUGGCUCGUAACCUGAACCGCAUGCUCCGGCUCUUCCCCGAGGAGUACAACUUCUUCCCCCGCACGUGGUGCCUGCCAGCCGACUAUGGAGAUUUCCGUGCCUAUAGAUCCAUGAGGAAGACAAGAACAUUCAUCUGCAAGCCUGGCAACAGCUGCCAGGGCAGAGGGAUCUUCAUAACCCACCACCUGGAGGAGAUCAAGCACAGGGAACACAUGAUCUGUCAGCAGUACAUCUCUGAGCCCUUUCUCAUCGAUGGCUUCAAGUUUGACCUGCGCAUCUACGUGCUGGUCACGUCCUGUGACCCACUGAGGAUUUUUGUCCACAAGGAGGGCCUGGUCCGGUUUGCCACAAUGAAGUACAUUGCUCGCAGCACGAGAAACCUGGUAAAAAGGACGUUUCAAAAAACCUCAUAGAGUGUCUGUAGGUGUCAGUCCUGAACUUGUCCUGGGGGCAUUCCAGGCCUUGAAAAGGCAGGUAUUGGGGGUUGCAGGAGGAUGCUCUCCUGUUCUUCUUCUAUAAUCCUUCCUCCUCCUCCUCCUCACAGGAGGUAUUUUGUCGCUGUGCCUUAUCGCUUGACGCAGAUCACAGGCUAGCUCAGUACCACUGCGACUGGCGUUCUAUGGGUCGGGGUGGCAGGGCAUGCAAGCCACCUCCUCCCCGUGCGUACUUGGUUCCCCACCAAGCGACAGAGCUGAAGAUGUAAUGCAACCACGGCGGCAGGAAAGAAGCCGACUCUCUGGCACAGUGCUAAAGGUGUUUUAUUGAGGGAGUCAACGGACGGAGCUCUACCUCGGGUGGCAGCUGCGCUCAGAGAGCCCCGAGUAGAGCCGUGCGACAGCUUUUAACAGGGGGAGGGUUCAGGGGA